AUGGGUUUGCCUCAAGUCUCGUCCAAUCCGGCUGAUGAGGGGGUUGCAGCCUCACUGAGCUCAUUUGGCUCAAACCCGCCUCGAUUUGGUGGGAUCGGAACUUGUGAUCUAGACGGGCUUCAAAUCGAGAGCACAGCUAGAAUGGCUCAUGGAGGGUUCUCCUGCUCCUCCAUUGGUGAUUUUCAGAGAAAACUCAGACCUGAUAGUCCUGCGAAGCUCCAUUCUCUAAAGAAUGACUCUGUGGAUAAAGUUGCGUGCUUUCCGCUUGUGAUCAGGGAGGGCAUCCGCACCCCCCUGUCGAGGGUCGUGGGCUUUGAGUCGAGCAGAUCGGUCUCCUUGGUGAAUGGAUCUCAGAGGGUUUCAUCAGAGAACACUUGUUCAUCUGGAGCUUUGGGCAUUUCUGAUAGCUCAGUUGAUUCUUACGGGCUGCAAGUGAGGAAACGCUUCCUGUCUCCUUUAAAUGGCAUGCUUGGUCGGGAAAGGCCCGGCCUUGGGUUGCCAAACCAUGCAGAAGGUCAUGGUCGAGUUGCUCCCGGAGCUUUGACUCGGGGAGUCAACAAAUUUGCAACGCAGGAUUUCAAGAAGGCAAAUUUUGGAAACAGAUUUUGUUCUGAAGUUCCAAUAAGAUCAUCAAAUGGAUGUUCGACCCUGAGGAAGAUUCUAGAUGAAGAUGCUUCGAAUCCCUCUGUUUUGACUGACAGGCCUUUGCCCGAGUCAAAGGAGCACUUCUAUGAAGAAACAUGCAAUCGAGGUGUCUGCCCAGGUGCACUGUCACUCUCUCCGAAACAGCCUUACUCUUCUCCUCUGUCAUUGUCUCCUCUUGGCCCCAAAUGGCGGGAGAGGAUUGUAGGGCCAUGUAGAUGCAUCUCAAGAGAAUCACAGUGCAAUGAAUUAACUCACAAGUGCAUGGAUAGAAGACCCCUCGAUGGGCGUGCACCUAACAUUUUAUUCGCAACGGAAGUGGAAUUCAGAUCAGAAAAUGACCAAAUCAGGGAUGAUUUCGAUCCAGUGGAGAAUUAUACAGGGCAGAACUGGUGUCCUGAGUCUUUCCCUCCAUCUCGCUGCAUUAGAUUUGCCCGAGGUCUCUGUGGGCUUCCUGUUCGAAGAUCUUUAGUUGGAUCCUUUGAAGAGUCGCUUCUGUCCGGUCGCCUUUCAUCUGGCAAAGUUUCCCAGGUUGGCUUCCAUGCGUUCACAUCAGUUUGCAUCAUUCUUUGUGAGUGACCACUUCAUGAGUUUCCUAUUAAUCUUCGUUUUCUGGCAGAAAAUUGACGGCUUUCUAGCUGUUUUAAAAGUCACUGGGGGGAAUUUCUCCCCUCCAUCUCAGAAACUUCCUUUCUCUGUGACAAGUGUGGAUGGAGACAGCUGCUUACUGUACUGUGCAUCCAUUGAUCUUGAAGAGAAAUCUCCGUCCGAUAAGUGCAAAGGGCCCCAGAUGACUAGAAGCUUAAGCUUUGAGGAUUCUCAUACGUCAAGAGCCCGAAUGCGAAUUCCCGUCAGGGGAUGCAUACAACUGGUAAUUUUUUUCAUUAUUUUUGUGCUUUUUCAACGCUAUAAUUUGCAUCCCCAAUCCAAGCGCAUCCUGUGACUCUUGCUUGAAUUUGUGUCUGUUGGUCUCCUUGAUCGAUUAUUUUACCUGCAAAGAAAUUGAAGAUACCCGCAAUUUCCUUUCGGGUUUUCAUACGAUGUUCAUUCAAGGACGUGGUUUUUUUCUGCCUGUCCAUAGCAUCUCUGUUUCUGUACUUAGCCAUGCAAAUUAUGGGCAUUUGGCUCAAAGUUGUCUUUUAUGAUUAUUUCUGGUCAAAGUUGACCUCAGCUGUGAUAAUACCUCCCUCGCACUCAUUGACAAUUUCUCUCUAUAAAGCAUUGCCUUACCUUCCUUUCUAUGUUGUUGCUGCUUCCGCAGCUUUAGUAGGUCUUCAUAUCCUGCACAAGAACCGUCCUAGCCUAAUUCAACGCCUUCGUUUGUCGAGUGGCCCACAAGAUGUGGCUGGAGUUUUCACCAGCUCCCAUGAUUUGGCAUUCGAGAUUUUUUAUUUUGUGCCUGCAUCAGAUAUCCUCUGAAUUUUAUAUAUUUUUUUCUAUUUUCGAUACAGUAUCAUGUUCUGUUCAAAGAGUUCUCCUUUACUGUCGCCUAACGUUUUAUGCUCUUUGCUUUUCUAGAUACUAACUCUUACAUAUGUCAAGGUGUUCUAUGCAUUUUCAAUCUCAGAUGUUUUAUAUCCUUCCUUUCUGUUUUCAGAGAUAUGGGUUCAUUUCUGUUCAAGAUUGUCCGAAAAAAUUGCCAUAGGAUUGAUUGUUCAUAAUAAAUUCUGCUUACCGGAUCAUAUCUCAUUGUUGUGAGCCUCCUUUGCAUAAACCCUCAGUUUUUUUUUUUUGGACCUAUUUUCUUCAGAGCCACUUCGAAGGAUUUGACUAGGGGUAGGUUGCCUUUUUGGUUAUAUGAAAACUAGUCUAAUGCGACAAGUUGUCUUUAGUUAUCUUUACUGCGCCCAGGAUAACUUAGCCUGUGAGGGUAGCCUUUUUCACGUGUUUACACUCAUAUUCAUGCCACAAGUUGCACUUGUCGGUUGAGACUCUGUAAUUUCAUGAAGCAAGGCCUAUAUUGGUCGUUGAAACCCAUAUUUUUGUGAAGCAUUAUGAUGCUGAUGGCUUCGUACUCGUCUCAGCAAGCUAACCCUUUGCUCAUUGAAUCUGCCUCUGCACCAGUAAGCUUUCCCCCCAUUUUAUCUCAGAUUUAUGUGAUGGAUUAGCUGUAAUUAGAUUUCUACUGGGAUUAGUUUGGCAGCGUUCGCCCAGGGGUACUGUUUCAUUGAUUUAUUCUGUAAUAUAUAGUUUUCUUACUUGAUGUGAUAGUUUUGAAUGAGAGAGGAUUUGGAGAACUCAUGACAAAGAGGGAAAUGAAUGUGUUGGGAGUUCAGUUUGAAUGUGAAAAGAAAUCAUGAGAAGCCACAGGACUUGGAUCAUCGAGCAAUCUUGAAGAGUUCUUUCUUGUAAAAGAUGAUCUUCUGAAGUGGGCAAAACACGAAGUACACAAAUCAGCGGUUUGGCCGAGCACUUGACAGAAAUUUAUUAUUUUCCGAUGACAAUCUUGGGAAAACCGUGUGAAGAAAUCCGCAGAUACUGUUCAGAUCUCUCUCUCCAUGACGAGAACAGAGAUGCCCUUUCUCCAAGAUUUCAUGAUCAUACCAUAUUUAUAUUUUAUAUUUUCUCAAAUCCUCCCCUUUUUUGAAGUAAAUGCUCAAGGAGAUUUAUUUUACCAUGACCGACCCAUUUUAAUGUCUUGCGUAAAAUAUUUACUCAUCGUGAAAUCUAACGAUGAUCUGCUAAAAAGACGGUCGUUAGGGAAUUUUAUAUCUUGCAUAAGCUGUCACUUUUGCAAUCAGCGUAGCUCGUUCUUUCAAGAAAACCCAUUUGGAGGAUCAUCUGGCUUGGUGAAGAGGAGGCCACCCGGGAAAUUAGAAUGCAUGAUGAGGAGGCGACUGACAUCUCGAGCUCGGAGGAAAACUUUUCAAAUCUUUGUUCAUGUUGUGGCCUCGUGAAGAAGCUUCUGGCCUGCCAAAAAUGGAAUAGAACCGUGAGAGAAACAGAUGGAAAUUUAGGGGAGCUCAAUCGAUUAUUUACUCAUUGCCUUGUGAAGAUUUCGGUCCAUUCCUACCCGAGGAGGAACGGCUGAUUUGAUCUCCCUAUUUUCUGGAGCACUUGUUUUUUGGUUGCCUGCCACCUCCUCAGCAGGAAACAUUUCUAUAUUUUUUGUACAAAAGUAAUCAGUUUCACUUAAUCUCAUCUCCAUUUUUUAAUUCAUUUUAUUUUAUUCUAUAAUUAAAUCCAAGAAAUUGUCAUGUUCAAUUCACCUGCGUGGAAAUUUAUGCUGUGACUGGUCUCUGUUUCUGAAUCUUAAAGCUAUUUCCUUUUUUUAUUUUUUUUCCUUUCAUGGCCAUCUCCUAUUUUUCUUAUCUUCCCUGGUACUAAACUUAAUCGUAUUCAGAAAAGAGAUUCUUCCUCUGGGUCACGAGAUUUCUUGUUUUCUGUGAACCUUGUGAAACCCACCCUCUUUAUUUUUAUUUGUUUUCUUGCAGGUUCUUAGCAAUCCAGAAAGGACUCCUCUUCAUACUUUCUUCUGCAACUAUGAUCUUAGUGACAUGCCUGCUGGAACCAAGGUAUUUGCCCUUUUUUGGGUGCCCACCAUUUCUUGGAUCACUAAAAUCCCCGCAGAUUUACGAAAAAAAUAGCAAGCUUCGUUGACUGCAUGAUUUCUUUCAAAAAGUCAAUUUUUUUUCGGUGAAAACUUGACAGUUUCUCCGUCGAUGUUACCACAGACGUUUAUGCGCCAAAGGAUCACGCUCGAUUCCCCUCGAUCUGCUCCAACUCAUGUGAGGAGCAGCAGCACCAAGGGCUGCGGCAUGAGAGAAGCCGAUAAACUGGCGGCGGAGAUGAAUGGGCACUUCCCUGAAAUCUCCAUGACAUCUCCAUGCCGAGCAUCUGAUGAUCGAGAAAAAGGAAGCCCUUGUAAUCUGGGCGAGUCUCAAUCCGUCGGUGAUCACCGGACCAGUCGAUUGCAGGAGGUCGAUGGGGGCAGUGAGAAUUUUUCUCCAUCGGAGAAGACCCCCCAUGGGGUCGCCGGAAAGUCCUCCGGCGUUCUCCGGUACGCCCUCCACCUUCGGUUCCUGUGCCCUGCCCCCCGGAGGUGCUCGAAGGUGAUCCGGCGGUGCAAAUCCGACCCAUUGGCGGCGCCGCCUCCCCACGAAGCCAGUUUAGAGGCUCAGGAGCGGCGGUUCUACCUCUACAGUGAUCUCAAGGCGGUCUUCCCCCAGCGGCACACGGAUGCCGACGAGGGCAAGGUAAAGAAUCUCCCCUUCUCCCGAGAAAAACCCGUCAAAUGGUCUCUCUGAUUCUAUGAUCUGAACUCACCUUCGAACCUCUUUCAUUCGUUCUCCGGAGGAUGAAUCGCAUGAUCUUGAGAGCAGGUUAAUACCCAAUUCCUUUUUUAGUGUGUUCCGAUCCUGGAAUCUUGAGGGGAUUCAAGAAUUGUGAGACUCCGGGUUGAUCAUCUUCCUUCUGAUGUGCUUUUCUACUCGCUUCGAAGCUCAUCCGCAGGUGCCGGCCUUCUUCACGAACAGAUUCUAAGAACUUGUUGUCGCCGUUCUGCAGCUGCGGGUGGAGAAUCACUUCCCCUCGGAUCCCAAGUUCUUCGACAUCGGCAACUGA